AUGACAUCAAAAUCCAUCCCCCGCCUCGUCGUCGACGGCAUGGGCAUCUUCUGCGCCUGCACCCUCGCCUGGGAGCACCUCUUCACCAUCCAGCUGAGCGAAGGCCCCUCGAUGUAUCCGACGUUCAGCCCGCGUGGCGACCACCUGCUCAUCUCGCGCGUACACCAGCGCGGCCGCGACGUGCAGGUCGGCGACGUCGUGCGCUUCUACCACCCGACGUUUCUGGGCGUCCACGGCGCCAAACGCGUGCUGGGGAUGCCGGGGGAUUUUGUCUGUCGGGAUUUGCCGUUUAGUACGGGCGUUGGGGGGGAGGGGGAGAUGAUUCAGGUCCCGGAGGGUCAUGUCUACCUCGGUGGGGAUAAUCUUCCUUGGUCGAGGGAUUCGAGAAAUUAUGGCCCUAUUCCCAUGGGCUUGAUCAAUGGGAAGAUCAUCGCGAGGGUGUGGCCGCCGUCGAAGAUGCAGUGGGUGCAAAACACGAUGCAACCGGCUCAGGAGGAUUGA